AUGAGUAUUUUGGAUCCUGUGAGUGUUGAUGAUAUCAUUCACAGGCUCCUGACAGAGGGACGAGGGAAGAUAAACAAUAAUCUCAUACGUCCUCAAGAAAUGUAUUGGUUAAUCGAACAAGUUACCGCGAUAUUUAAGAAACAACCAAUUUGUUUAGAACUCAUGCCACCAGUUACUAUUUGCGGAGAUAUACACGGUCAAUAUCAUGACUUACUAAGACUGUUUGAGGCAGGAGGUUCGCCUGCAAUCACGAAUUAUUUAUUUUUAGGAGACUACGUCGAUCGCGGUAACUCAAGCUUAAAUACAAUUUGUUUACUCUUUGCUUACAAAAUUAAAUAUCCUCAAAACUUCUUUUUGCUUCGUGGUAAUCAUGAAGAUAAAGAUGUGAAUAGAGAGUACGGAUUUCUGAGAGAAUGCUAUGAAACGCAUUCUCACGAUAAAUUAUACAAGGCAUUUAACAAAUGCUUUAACUGGCUUCCAAUUUCUGCGAUUAUUGACGGAAGAGUAUUAUGUAUUCAUGGUGGAAUCUGCCCCAAUCUCAAAUAUGUCUCCCAGUUGAAAGAAAUUCGCAGACCUUACAAGCUUUCGAAGCAAGAAUUUAUAUUAGAUUUGUUAUGGUCAGAUCCUGACAAGAAAACAGACGAAUUUGAAGAUAACAUUGAUAGAGGAUUGUCAUAUCUCUUUGGAAAAUCUCCCGUACAGAAGUUUUUGCAUGAUAAUGAUUUAGAUCUUAUUGUCAGAGGACAUCAAGCUGUAGAUUUAGGAUACGACUUCCCAUAUGCACCAGAUAUGUCUAUUGUUACAGUAUUUAGCGCCCCAAACUAUUGCGGAGACUUUGGAAACGACGCAGCUCUUCUGGAGAUUGACAAUGAUCUAAACUGUUCCUUUAAGACAGUUGUGCCACUUGAGGACAACAGUGAUCAUGGUGUUUGCAAAAGAGCAAAUCAUGCAUUUGACUAG